AUGGAAGAACCAAAUGAUAAGUUAAGUAGAAAAAAAAAGGCCUGCUUCCCGGAGAGUAACUCUCCUUCAAGCGAAAACCACAGGAGUAAAAAAAAAAAAAUAAAAGUUGGAAGCGGCAUACGGGGUAAAGAAGGUACAGUGGCCAUGGGGGAGUCUCCCCCGAGUAACCCCCCGCAGGAACCCCUACCAUUUGACUUCUUCACUCAAAAUGAUUAUAAAAAGUACGACGAUUUUGUACGCUUUUGUGAGGAGAGCUUUGCCUACAUUGAUAUGGAAGACGUGAAUAAACAAAUCGCUGUUCUCAGAUCGAGGGGUGGCCAAGCGCAGAUGUACUUGUCCAAUGUGAUUAGAAGUUCGGGUGAUGAGGGGGGAGAAGAGAGUGGCUGCGACCGGGAGAUGAACAAGAAGCAGGAGGCCGCUACCACCACGCAAGAACAAAAGUACAAGAAGAAUCUGAAGCUUAUAAAUAUAAAGAAGCACAAACGAGCCAGGAUCAACUUGAUACUUAUUAAGAAGAAGUACACGGACGGGGGGCAUAUGGAGGGGGAGCAUGUUGAGGGGAAGCAGACGGAAGGCCGCCCCACCGCCAAGAAAAACACCGUGGUCGUGUCCCCCAUUUUCAUGCCUGUCGGCACGAAGAGUUGCAUCAAAGGCCUGGUGCAGGAAGAAGUGCAGCUCCUGUGCAACCACAUAAUCCUGAGCAACACAUACCACUUAGCCAAUAUAUAUGACAUGUCAACUUUUGUACAUAACAAGGACAUUAACAAUUUUAUUCGUUUUCCAAAUGCCAUGCUGACCGACUCGGGGGGGUUCCAGAUGGUCUCCCUCAGCAAGCGAAUAAAGAUUCUGGAGGAGGGCAUCCUCUUUGACAAUAUUUACGACGACGCGGUUAUGCGCAGGAACGUGCUCGCCGUGGGGGGAGUGACCGAAUUGACGCAAGUGGGGGAAGUGAUGGAAGCGGCAUCCGCUGAGAUAGGGGACACGGCUAACCAAAUGGAUGCCGCCCCCCGGAGGGAAAUCCUGCUGACGCCCGAAAGCUCCAUACGGCUGCAGAACCACAUCGGGAGCGACAUCAUCAUGGCCCUGGACGACGUGCGCCCCGCGACGGAAACGGACGUGCAAAAGAUAGAAGAGGCGACGCACAGGACCAACAGGUGGCUGCAGAGGUGCAUACAAGCUCAUAGUAGGGAAACGGAGCAAACACUAUUUGGAAUAAUUCAGGGGGGACUUCACAUCAGACUGAGAAACGAAUCUAUGCAAUUCAUAUUGAAGCAGAAACUGAAUGGCUAUGCUGUGGGGGGACUCUGUGGUGGUGAAAAAAAAAGGGACUUCUUUAACAUAGUGCACCAUUGCUCAAAUGAGAAAAAUAAAAAAUGGAAUCAUUUACCAGAAAAUAAAUGCAGGUACAUUAUGGGCAUUGGCUACCUCGCUGAUAUUCUCUUUUGCUCUCUCCUGGGUUACGACAUGUACGAUUGUGUGUAUGCGUCGAGGACGGCUAGGUUUAACACUGCCUUGAGCUAUGACGGAACCAUAAAAUUGAAGCAAGCCAAGUAUGCCUUUGAUUUCUCUCCACUUGUGAAAAACUGUCACUGCUAUGUGUGUUCUAAAUUUUCUAAAUCGGCUCUGCAUCUACUUAUUUCGAAGAAGAACCCAAUUGUAAAUGUCCUCUUGACCAUACAUAAUAUUUAUUUUACCUUGCACUUUUGCUACCUCCUGCGAGUUGCCAUCUUUUUAGAAAAAACGGACCUGUUCGUGACGACCUUCCUCUACAACUACUUCGUCAUCGGGUGCAGGAAUGGAAACUAUAAGAUCCCCGAUAAUGACAAGGCGGCCCCGGGUGAGGAUACAUCAAAUGGGGGGCCAAGCCACCCCCAGGCGACGAACACGCAGGAUAAUUCAACACGUGUGGAUGAAAGGGAGGAAUGCAGAAGCACACCGAUUAUAGCGACUACACAGACUACACCCACAGAGGACCGAAAAGGCGAAAUGCUAAAGGAGUUAAAGGAUAAGUUGCCACACUGGGCUUUGCAGGCGCUGGAAUAUGCAGAAAUAGAACUCACCUUUUGA